AUGAAGUUGGGUGGAAGAAAACCUUCUUCUUCUAGGCCUUCUUUAAUCUCUCAUGUAUCUCCUUUUUCAUGGCUAUCCAAGUUCAAGCAGAUGAGAAUCAACUCAGAGGCAAAACCUGAAAAACUGAAGCAGAAUGAAAAGCUGAACUCUCCAUCUGAUAGUUCACCACACAAUGCUUGUGGGAAUAGAGGCAGGUUUUAUGGUGGGGAUGAUGAUGCUUUCUGGAGACUGUCAUUUGGUGAAGAGGGUAAUGAGCAUAAGAAAAGGGAAGAUAUUCUGAAACCUGUAGGGUACAAUUUGGAUGCUGAGCAUGUCAUUCCAUCCUCAAGUUGCACUAGUGGUAAACAUAAUGCUAAAAGACAUGGAACAAGAGAAGGCACUUUGAAGUUCAAGAAGAAAGAUGUUGGGCUGAGAGAAGAUAGCAAAUUGCUGAAUGAAAAAAAUAGUGCACAGGAACUUGAGUACUUAAGGAGGAGAUAUGAGAGGAAAGCACAAAGAAUUUUGCAAGAGCAACUCUUGAAAUUAGAAAAAGUAUCAGAGGAAGCUGAAUCUGCAUCAAGUAAAUCCUUAGAAAAGGAUGUGCUGCAAUUUGAAUCCCCUAGGACAAUUUGUACACCAAGAACACAUUUGUUUUCCUCUUCUGUAGAUUCAAAGAAAUUGGGCUCUGAGAAUUGGAAACAAACUCAGGAGUUGAAAGCAAAGAUUAACAAGCAUAGGCAAUCACUUCAUGUGAGUAGAGGAGUCCAAAGGAGGAAACCAAAGCACAGCACCAGGGUCAGAGUAUAUUCUCCAAGGAUGACUUCCAAGGUUGAAAUCUGCAAAAUAAAGGGCAUUGAAGACAAGAAGAAAGCAAAACUAAAGAUGAAGAAAGAAGAGGAAAUUGUGGAGGAAACAGCAGGGUUAGAUAGCUUUGCUGUGGUGAAAUGUUCCUUGGAUCCACAACAAGAUUUCAGAGAUUCAAUGAUUGAGAUGAUCAUAGAGAAACAGAUCAGCCGGCCAGAAGAAAUGGAAGAGCUCUUAGCAUGUUAUCUUACUUUGAAUUCUAAUGAGUAUCAUGAUAUCAUCAUCAGAGUUUUCAGGCAGGUAUGGUUACAUCUGAGCCAAGCUAGUUUGGGUAUUAAAUCAGAUAAGCAAUGUUGUUGUUAUGAUUAUUAA